AGUGUGUGAGGGGCGGGUGCUAGUGGGCAGGACCCAGUUCCCCCUGUCACCGGUGCUUGCGCGCGCCGCGAAGCCACAAGCCUGGCGGAGAGACUUGGCCUGCGGCAGGAUGGAAGGACUCCCAGUUCGGUUGUUGCGCGGCAGCGGGCUGCUAAGAAGACACUUCCCAACUUGCCUGAGUUCCUGGAAAGUUCCUCCUCGUGUCCUAAGGUCUUCCCAGUCAGAGGUUCACCUCAAAGGAAGGAGUAAUGCACUGCCCUCUGCUCCGCUGCAGACAUUUACAGAUGAAGAAAUGAUGAUCAAGAGCACAGUUAAAAAAUUUGCACAGGAACAAAUUGCUCCUUUGGUUUCAAACAUGGAUGAAAAUUCAAAAAUGGAGAAAUCGGUAAUACAAGGAUUAUUUCAACAAGGGUUGAUGGGUAUUGAAGUUGAUGCCAAGUAUGGAGGAACAGGGGCUUCAUUUCUUUCCUCCAUCAUAGUGAUAGAGGAAUUAGCCAAAGUCGAUGCAUCUGUGGCUCUACUCAGUGACCUUCAGAACACAAUUGUUAACAAGCUGAUUACAAAACAUGGAACAGAAGAACAAAGGGCCACCUAUUUGCCUAAGCUGAUUACAGAAGAUCUGGGAUGCUUUUGCCUUUCAGAGGCUGGAGCAGGUAGCGACUCUUUUUCUUUGAAGACCAGAGCUGAUAAAAAGGGAAAUUAUUAUGUCAUCAAUGGGUCAAAGAUGUGGAUUUCUGGUGCAGAGUAUGCAGAUCUCUUCGUGGUUUUUGCAAACGUUGACCUUCCUGCUGGUUAUAAGGGAAUCACCUGCUUCUUAGUAGAUCGUGAUACAGAAGGCCUUCAUGUAGGGAAAUCAGAAAACAAAUUGGGGAUCAGAGCUUCUUCCACCUGCCCAUUAACAUUUGAAAAUGUCAAGGUUCCAGAAGCAAAUAUCUUGGGACAAGUUGGACAUGGCUAUAAAUAUGCCAUAGGAAUUCUUAAUGAAGGUAGAAUAGGAAUUGCUGCACAGAUGCUGGGACUGGCCCAAGGAUGUUUUGACUACACCAUUCCAUAUAUUAAAGAAAGGGAACAAUUUGGCAAAAGAAUAUUUGAUUUUCAGGGGCUCCAACACCAAAUGGCUUAUGUGGCCACCCAGCUGGAAGCUACAAGAUUACUGACAUACAAUGCUGCCAGGCUUGUAGAAGCUGGGAGGCCAUUCAUAAAAGAAGCAGCCAUGGCCAAAUAUUACGCGUCAGAGAUGGCAGGGCUCACAACUAGUAAAUGUAUUGACUGGAUGGGAGGAGUAGGCUAUAUCAAAGAUUACCCUGUAGAAAAAUACUUCCGAGAUGCAAAGAUUGGUACAAUAUAUGAAGGAGCUAGCAAUAUCCAGCUGAACACCAUUGCAAAGCACAUUGAUGCAGAAUACUGACAUCCAUAAAAUUGGGCCCCACCCUCGUAUCACUGGUAUAACAUUUUAAAACUGUUGUGCCUUGUUGGAGGAGUAAGGCUCCAUAGCACUGCAAGGUUCUAUUGAGGCCCCUAGUUAUGAUCCUCUGGCUUUGCCCUUUCUCUUUCCUCUUUCCAGUUUGCUUAUGUUAGGCACAAAAAAUCAUUUCUAAAAUUUGGGAGACGUGCACCUCUAUUUUCCCUAAAACUGUUUUUAAACUUCUGUACAUAUUUAUAUUAUCAUCCAGGUUCAGAAUAUAUAGAAAUUUCAUUCCAUCAACAUUUGGAAAAAUGAAGACAUUUGAAGUAUUGCAGAAAUAGUUAUUUUAUACUCAUUCUAAAUCUUUAUAUUGUGGUACUAGUCAGAGCGACAUUUGUUACAGUAGUCAGUUUUUAUUAAAUACUUUAUAGAUUCAACUAUAAGUUGCUAAAUGAAGUAGAAACUGAUAAAAAUUUAUUUGAAAAAUCUAAAACUUCUAGUUGUGAAUAUCAGAAUGGAUGGGGAAUAAGAGUGUAACUUUGUAGUUCAUAUAAUUGAAAAAAAGACAUUAUUUUAACCAAGUAAAACAAUAUAAUUUGUUGGUAUAAUUGACCUGUAAAAGAUUUAAUUUCAUGAAGGUUUCAUCAGGUCAUUUUUAAAAACAUGUCCCUGCAUUAGUUUUAAACUAUAAAGUUGGAAUAGUUUGGUUUAAUAAUCAGAAAGUGUUCAAUAUUGUAAUAUUAUUCCAUACUAUUUUUCACUAGUAAAAUUUCUUUCGGUAUUUUAGUUGAAUACUCUUCCCUCAGACUUCAUUCUUGCGCUUUAUCCUGAGUAGUAAUUAAUUCAGAAACUGAGUUCUAGUUCAGCGAUUCUCAAGAGAGUGAUAUCUUGCCUCCAUAAAGAAGUAUAUCAAAGUCUCAUGAGGAAUGAGGGAUACAAGGGCAGUGUAGAGUUUGAAAAAGUUUAUUCAAUAUUAAAAUAAUUUUAUAUUUGGGAAGACAAAUAUAAAUCUCUUGUUUUGUAAUACAAAUGGUAAAUAAGCAUAGCCCAACAAAUACACAGUAGUGAUGCCAUUUCUUCAGUAUUAGGAUUUCUCAGUGAGGAGAAAAAAAAAACUGGUACAGAACCUGCAUCCUCAAAGGAGAGAGGUGGACAACAGAUGAGAGUUUUCUGCAUAAAGGGUGGGUUAGACAUGAAAAUGUUACAAGGAGCAUGCACUUGCUAAAAAUCAUAAUUACUAUUAAAUAGGAAGCAUUUUAGUACUUUAAUGAAAGAAUGUUUAUUACGAAAACCUUACAUUUCAGAGUAAUUUUGAUUUGCACAUUCGUGUUUAUUGAAUUAGAUUAAUUUCUACAAUGCAAAUCAUAGUUAAAUAUUCAAAGUUGUAUAAAUUUAGUUGAGUUAGGAAUUAUGUUAAAAUAUUAAGAAGAAAUAAGGACAAAUUUAGACCUUGGAUUCAAAGAGAUAAAAUCCACUUGAUUUUCAGAUAGAUGAGAACCCCUUUUUCAAUUUUUCAAAACUAAAAGACAGAGUAAUCUGACUUUAAAAAGUAAGAAAUAGGGCCGGGGAUUUAGCUCAGUGGUUCCGCCACCUGCCUUGCAAGCGGAAGGAUCUGAGUUUGAUCCCCGGUACCAAAAAAAAAAAAAAAACAAAUAGAUAAAGUACCUUAAAAGGGGGCUCAGACAUCUUUGGUUUCUGUGAUUAUGUAAAAGAGGUGGACUUUAUGGAUUAUGAAGUAGGAGUCUGCCUUAGUAAGCAGAAUCCCAGCUUCUUCCAUGAUAAACCUCUUGUUCAUAUUUGCAAUAGAGAGCCUCCCAUAUACAUGUGGACCUUCCUUGAAUAUAUAUGUAGUUUAGACAGAUUUCUAACUGUGUAUGUUCACAAAGAACAGUCAAAAUUAAUAAGUAUAUUCCUGUAAUCCCAGCAUUUUGAGGGCUUGAGGCAAGAGGCACAAGUUCAAGCUCAGCCUGGGCAAUUUAGUGAAUUAGCAAGACCCUGUCUCAAAAAAUAAAAAAGACUGGGGAUGUAACUCAGACAGAGGCCCUGGGUUCAAUCCCCAGUGCUGAAAAAAAUUUAAAUUAUAUAUUAUAGUUUAUAUAUUCACCUGGUUUCUUCUGUUAGUGAAUCUUCAUAUUAUUUUACCAAGGAAAGGUUUCCCUGCAAUUCUGCAUUGUAGCUCUUCUUACAACUAUGACUUUGGGGUUUUUAAAACUUUCUACCUUGAGUUUAUGUAUUGUGGAGAACCAGCGAUUCUUCUCCUGAAGCCUAUUGUUACAGUUUGUUAAUUUGAGGAUUUGGCUGUCUUGGGGCUCAGAAGGUAGAGAAUUGUUUUUAUCAAAUUUAUAUGGGUGGAAUUGAUUUCAUCCCAACUGCCAAGUUAAUGUUGUUAGAGUUUUCAUUUUAUAACAUGGAAACAAAUUGGCAUCAGUGACUUUAAAAUCAUGGAAAGUUAAAUCUAGAGAGACCUUCUAGAACUAUCCAGCCAUUUCCCUCAUUUGAAAGUAAGUAAAGGAUUCAUGGUGUAGGUUAUUUUCCCAUGUGGUCCUCUCUCCAGGGUCAAAUACAAGAGUUCAGAUAUACUCUGUUCAACAGAUUUGGAGUUCUUCCUUGCUUGGUCAUUGUUCAUUUAUUUGAGUUUUAACUGAUAAAGAAUGAACAUUUCAGAAGUGUUAUGAUUGAUGAGUGUCAUCACAUAUAUUAAUCACUUGCCAAAGGCACUGCAUUGGCAUUUGUCAAGCUCUCUUAGGCUGUUUCUGAGAUGUCAAAUGCAAAGAUUAUUAUAUGUGAUUGUUUGGCUUCAUUGUUGUGCUAUAUAAUUAGUUACAUUCCUGCUGGUCUAUUUUUGUUGAUGUUUCAUAAAGUGAAAGUUUUGUUUUAAUAGCAUAUAUCACAUUGUAUUCAUUUUUAUGAAAUCAGUAUUUAUAGCUAUAGAAAAUGAAAAUAUAAAGCACUAAAUUAACUGGAGAUUGUUACUCUAAUAAAGCAAAAUUGUUUGUUACACAUA